AUGGCAUCCAUCGAAAAAGUAUCGUCGAACCGGGUUUCCUCCGGAUACUUGACCAAAUACAAGUUCCCAUCUAAAUCUCUCGGUGGACUUUCGACCCAAUUCAACGUCUUCUUGCCUUCCGCUGCAUCCUCGUCAUCGCCUGUACCUGUAUUGUUUUACUUGGCAGGAUUGACAUGUAACGAAGAUACCGGAGCUCAAAAGGGUGGGAUGUUGAACAAAGCUGGAGAAGAAGGUAUAGCUAUUGUCUUCCCAGACACUUCGCCUAGAGGCGCAGGGGUGGAAGGUGAAGAGGAUGAUUGGCAACUCGGUACUGGCGCUGGGUUUUACCUCAAUGCGACCGCUGAUAAAUGGAAAAAGCACUAUAACAUGUACGAUCUUGUGGUCGAAGAACUGCCUUCGGCACUCAAAAAAGCAGAUCUUGGCCUGGACUUCUCUAGGUGGUCAAUCACCGGUCAUUCUAUGGGUGGUCAUGGUGCAUUGUCGAUUUACCUUAAGAAUCCAGGACUGUUCAAGUCUGCUUCUGCCUUCUCUCCAGCUGCGAAUCCAUCCCGAACACCAUGGGGAAUCAACGCUUUCACAAACUACCUGGAUGCAAAAACCAGAUCCUCCCCUCCCUCCGAGUGGCUACAAUACGAUUCAAGCCAUCUACUUCAAAGUUUCUCCGAGGAAGCGCAUAUCUUAGUUGAUGUGGGCACAGAAGAUGAUUUUUUGAAGAAAGGUCAAUUAGAACCCAAGUCUUUGGAGGCCGUAGGAAAGGAAGGCGUAGAAGUUAGAAUGCAAGAUGGCUUCGACCAUUCGUACUAUUUUAUUUCUACUUUUGCACCUGAGCAUAUUGCCUUCCACGCUAAACACCUCAAAGCAUAA